GUAUUUUAUGUCACAUGUAUUAUAUUAUUAUAUAUAUAUGUGUAAGUUUUUUUUUAUUUAUUACGACAAUCAAAUCGAUCUAUCAUUUCAGAGUUAAUUCACCAGAUGGCGUAUAUGUUUUUAUUUUGGAUUGAAAUUGAGAAAUGCGGACAUAAUGCGACUAUUUUUGAGUAUGACUAAGAUAUAAAACAAUGUUUUGCACCUCUAAACAUUUAAUGUGCAUUCGUUUAGACAAAGAACGUGAAGUGAAGCUCAAAAUUUAACGUGACAAUAGUGUAUAAAGCUAAACAUCAUGGAGUUGCCUCGCACGCCAAUGGAUAACCUCAUGAACGUGCUUUCAGGCUUCAGCAUUGGACACGAAAAAGCUCUGAAGCAAGGUGUCUAUAAUGCAGUAGCAUUAUUACUCCUUUGCUUAGUUUGCACUGCUACUUACGGGCUUUAUAUAAUCCUGCAACCUUUUGUGAAACCUUUAAUAUGGGCAUUACUCUGUGGUUCUGUGCUCUUCCCAUUCAAAUUUUACAUUACAAAUACAGUUAAUUCCUGGUUUGCUGAAACUGAAAGCUCCCACGAGCCUCUUUUGGUAAACUUCGCUAUGGUACCUAUAAAGAUUAUGGACAGGAUAUCAGAAGGAAUCGGUUCUUUCCUCUAUGGACACCUAAAAUAUGUAGGAAUUGCCCUAGCGUCAGCAGGUGUAGCAUUUUUGGUAUAUUCUUAUACUCCCAGUGUCUUAAUUUGCCUUAUUUGGCGAUUUAUCCAACUUGGCAUUGCAUUUGUUACAUUUUUUGUUGUCAACUGCAACAUUUAUGUGAUGUUUAUUGUAGUGAUUGGCUACAUGUCAAUCUUCUAUAUCUACUGGACUCCAUCCAAUGGCAUUUCUUUUAAUUAUGCAUCACUAGUGAUUUGGAUAAUGUUCAGUUUAUACAUAUCAAAUAUUUUUGGAAUGUAUCAAAUAGCUAUCUUUUGUUUAUUACAAAUUUUAUGUAUUACUGGAUUUGUCUAUGAAGUCAUUCUUAUUAUGGAUCACAAAGAAACUCAAGGAAAACCCUUGACAUUUGCUGAAGCAGUACAGUUGGCUUUGACUGGUGAUGAUGCAUCAAAUUCUGAUGCAAAAAUAUCUGAGACAGUUGAGGAAGAAGAGGAUGCAAUUGUAGGAGAAUUAUUAACGCCUCGAAUGACUCCUGAUGAUAUAAAAGAGCCACUUCCAACGUCAAGUAGUCGAAGACCGACUUUAAAAAUAUUAAAAAAAGCUUUAUCUCUUGAUGCUGAUGCAGGAAUGGCUUCAUCACAAGAAAGACGAAGCAACAAUAGAUCAUCAAGUCUAUCAAAUCCUCGAGCAUCAAUACGGGAACGUUACUUUCUUAAAAAACUUCGUAAUGAACUCAAAAUGUCGUGUGAUAAUCCAGAUGAAGAUGUUGAUACUGACGUAUAUAUGUACGGAGCAGUAUAUGCUUGUACAGGAAUGUUAUUGUGGAAACAUAAAUGGAUAUUGAUAAUAUUAACAGUGCCAAUAAUUUGGUAUGUCAUCAAACAAAUCGGAAAGUAUUUUAGCUUUUGGGAUUACAUAAAUAAUCAACGGAAUAAAUUAAUUGAAGUUUUUAAAAAUUGGUAUAAAGAAAGACAACAAGCAUUAAUACCAGCACAUGUUAGAGGCUUAUAUAAAAUUUAUGUUAUCCUCGACAAAAAAAUAAAAGAAGUUUUAAAAGCAUCAAUUGAUUCUGUUGCAACAAUUGUUGUUAUUUUAGCAUUGUUAAUUUUCACGUUUUCUGCAUCAAUAUUUGUUUUAGUACAGAUAUACUCGGAAGGAAUACAUUUAAUUCAAGUAACAGGAGAAAUUUUAAAUUCAACACUAGUAAACAAUCCAGAUAUUGACUGGUUGCCAAAGCAGUGGGAGGAAUCUGUUAAUAGUGUAUUAGAUAAUGCAUAUACAUACGGUAGAAGUGCUAUUGCAGAUGGUGUAAAGAAAUUGGUCAAGGAUUUAGAGCCUUCGAAAGCUGAAUUGUUAGAAAAAAAAGUUUUAGAAUUAUGGGAUAGACUUUAUCAAGCUUGGAUGAUGUCUGAUGAACCCGCAGACAUGAUUGGACCAACUGUAGAUGUUGCUGCAGCUCUUUCCGUAUGGGAAAGUUUUCGAGAGAGCUUUGGAAAAGUGCCAACCCAGAUGUUCAAUAUGAGUGGUAUUUCGAAUUUUGCCAAAGACAAUGUUGGUAUAUUUGUGUCUGUACUCGAUUCAAUUUGGAGUAUUGUCAAAGGAAAUAUUUCUAUAGUAUUAAGUGUCUUUACAGAAUUACUUUCUCUUGUUCUGAUUAGUGGAUCUGCUGUUCUCAAUUUUGCGUUAAGUACUAUAGUAUUUUUCACAACAUUAUUUUAUCUUCUUAGCUCAAGUGGGAAGACUUAUAAGCCUAUUGAGUUAAUUGCUAUGUUCAGCCCAAUAAGCCUUUACAGGUACGUUAUUAAAUACCUUUCUUUAUCUUAUAAUGAAGCUAAUACAGUUGGGUUUUAUUCAUUAAACGAAUGCAGGAAGGAUGAUUUAGGCGGAUUUGCAAUAGCGCUACAGGAGGCAGUUAUUGGCGUUUUCACGGCAACAUUCAAACUUGCUUCAUUCUUUGGCAUGUGGACAUGGUUUAUACACAAUUUAUUCCAAGUGAAAAUCGUUUAUCUUCCAUCUGCAUUUGCCACCGUUCUGGCUGCAGUACCCUUUUUAGAUGCAUAUUUUGCAUGUAUUCCAGCUACGAUUGAACUCUGGUUUACGCGAGGCAGAGUGAUGGCCAUUCUUUUCUUUACUUUUCAUUUUCUACCUUGUAAUAUCGUUAUUACAAACUUCUAUAAAGAGAUUAAAGGGGGCGGGCAUCCCUACUUAACCGGUUUGUCAAUUGCCGGAGGUAUUUUGUAUCUGGGGGUUGAAGGAGCAAUUUUUGGUCCUCUUCUACUCUGUUGUAUUAUGGUAGCUAUAAAUUUAAGUCGUCGCUAUAUACAAUCGUUCUCUGAGGACGCAUUGAACUCAUUAAAAUCUCAAAUUAACCAAAUGGAAGUAGAACAAGCAACAUCGCCUUAAUAAGUAUCAUCGAAUUUAAAGCUGUUCUUUCAAAUUACAAUUAGUAUUUUAACAAUUUCAAUGCCUAUUUUUUAAGACUAAGUGAAAAAGUUUUAUUUAUCGCUCGAUUUCUCGGAAUGAAACGAAUUUUACGCUUAAAUAGACUGCAUUUAAUAACGCUAGUCCAUAAUGCGUUUAGAAAAAAAAAACUGAUGUCAAUUGUUAUGCAGCAAAUUUAAAUCUUAAGAAAUUUAUAUAUUUCAUAAAUAUUUUAAUAUUUUCAUUGCGAGAUUUUCUUUUUUUAUAUAAAAAAAAAAUUAAAAUGGGUUAUAAAAAUGAAGUAUUAUAAGAUAAAAUUUUUGUAAGCUCUUAUAAAAUAUUUAUUCAUACUUAUGAGUAAAGUUAAAGAUGCAGUGUUGACCGCUGUAUAAAAAAGAUAAUAUAAAAAAUGCCAAGUGCGUGAUAAUAAUAUUAAUACAAAAAAUAAAAAUUAUUCAUGAAAAA